ACCGCAUCUGCUCGCGAGCUAGUCUUCGACGCGCCCAUCUCAUACUCAUACCACCUGUACUACAAUCCCCAGCUAUGAACUGUAAUGACAACUUCGUUCUCGUGGCGCCUCGCCCAGUGCGCCUCACAGCCGCGAACAACACCGUUCCUUUCACCCACUUCCAGAAUGCCAUACAUCGCCCUCAGACCCGCGUGGCGACCAUGCGCCUAGUUGGAGACGGCGUCGAUCGCCUUAAGCUGGGUGACGACGUUCCCCCGCAGGAGGAUGCCAAGCUUGACCAGAGCGAGAAAGAUCUUGCGUCUCCCCGUGCCUCUCCAAGGUCCAACCUCCCCUCCGAGGCUAUAGAGGAGUUUCUCUCCAUUCUCCAGUCGUCCGCCAUGCGCUUCCCGCCCACUUCUCCCAUUCUACGGGCCAGCAACGCGAACAUGCCGCAUGCGUUCUUCUACCGCCGUCCUACACCUGGAAAUCUGAGUCCUUCCCACUCGUCCGAGGGGCUCGGCCUUUCAUUCGCUGACCCCGCAGACGAGAUACGCAUGGAGACAACCACCCCCGCGUACCCGUUCAAGCUCAUUGGGGGUCCUCUCGCUUCACCCGUCUCCCGUACACAUACGCGUAACCCCUUCCAGCGCCACUCCCCUUAUGAGAACGCCUUCACGGGUCUUCUCCGUCCGCUCUCGGCCUCUCCUGUUCCAGGCUCUCCGGUUGCGAUGGCGCUCUCUCCGGCGGCAGUUCCCUUGCCUCUGCCGACUCCGGACGAGAUUGAACUUGAGGCCUCCUCGUAGACGCUCCAAGUCACGCGGUUCAUUCGGGGACACACCGUCUAACCCCCCUCUCUAUCCAGUGCAUCAAUAACUACCCUAUAACUCAGCAAAGACCUCGAGUCUACACGCUAUGCUCAAACAUACUGAAUAACGCCCAUUGUAUUGUGUAUUUCCUGUUUGUCACUCAUACUGUAUAUGUCCGAUAUUUAGUACGCGGUUUGCGUCAGCAUAUACCUUGUUUUGUUUGUGACCACUUUUUGCCCCCUGACUUUGUCCCUGCGAUGCACAUGCUGUGUCUCCCACGGUCUAUUUGCAAAUGUUCACUGUAGACCAUCCUUGUUUGCACCCUGAUUACGUUCGACCUUGUCUGCCUGUGGUAUAGCCGUAGAUUGGGUAAUGGCAUACCUCCGUUGUUCGCCUUGAC